AUGAUAGACAAUAAUACUAGUCAAACAAAAACUACAGUACCAAUCAGAAGUGAUAUCGAUAAUACUUGUUUAUUGUCAUCAUUGAUUCAAAUAUUUCUUCGACCUAAAUGUCGUACAAUCAAAGGCUUUUGUGAAUUAAUUGUUCGUGAAUGGCUUAGUCGUGGUCAUCCAUUUCGUGAGCGUUUUGGACAAGUUGUUUUUGAUGCAAAUGGAAAUAAUGCUCAAGAAGCACCAGUUUUUCUUCUCUUUCUUGAUUGUAUUCAUCAAUUAAUUAAUCAAAAUCCAUUUUCAUUUGAAUUUACUGAAUAUUUUUUACUUGAACUUUAUCGUAGUAUUUGUUAUUGUUAUCAUCACACAUUUGUUUUUAAUUCAGUCCUUGAACGUCUUUAUGCAUUACAGAAUUGUCCAAGAAAUAUUUUAUUUUUAUCAUCAUUUGAUUUUUCUCUUUAUCUUUAUCCGCAUACAUGUCGUUUAUUAAAAAAUCCUACAUAUAUAUUGUCUUCACCAAAAUUAUCUCUUUCUCAUCAACAAGCAAAUGAAUCAAAACACAAUUUAUCAUCAAAAGAAAAUUCAUUUCUUCGACGGGCUGUAAAUCGAACUAGUUAUCGUUUAGAAUCACCAAAACCAAUUAAUUUCAUACUUGAUGUUUCAUCAUCAUCAACACACGAAUUAUUACCAGUCAAUGGUGAACAAUUUGAAUAUGAUCUUAUUGAAUCACCACAAAAAUUUCAUUCCGAUCUUUAUGUUGAUUGGCGUAUAUUUAAUAUAGUUUUAUGGUCAAAAUGUUAUUGUCGAUAUGAUCAAAACGAUAUGCCAACAUUAUGCGAACAAGAAUUAUCGUUUGACAUUAAUUAUCUACAAGAAAAUAUUCAAAAUACAUCUGUAAAAUCUCGACAACAAAUGACAAUAGAUGCAUUUCAUCCAGUAGGAAUUUUUAUUAUGAAAUGA